CUUCCCUCUCUUGCAACUCAAUUCAGUUUCAAAAACAAAAUAACACUUGCUUUCAUUCAUUCUUUUCUGUAUUCUACAAACACUAAUUUCUUUUUUCUCAUUCGAAACGCGAUUUUGUGAGAGAUUAUUAUGGCUGGAAAAGGUGAAGGUCCGGCAAUCGGAAUCGAUUUGGGAACAACUUAUUCUUGCGUCGGCGUUUGGCAACAUGACCGCGUUGAAAUUAUAGCCAACGACCAAGGGAACAGAACUACCCCUUCUUACGUUGCAUUCACCGACACAGAACGCUUGAUCGGUGAUGCAGCCAAGAACCAGGUCGCUAUGAAUCCUACUAACACUGUUUUCGAUGCUAAACGUUUAAUUGGUAGGCGAAUUAGCGAUGCUUCAGUACAGAGUGACAUGAAAUUGUGGCCAUUCAAGGUGAUUCCUGGCCCUGCUGAGAAGCCAAUGAUUGUGGUGAACUACAAGGGAGAGGAAAAACAGUUUUCUGCGGAAGAGAUAUCUUCCAUGGUUCUUAUGAAGAUGAAGGAGAUUGCUGAGGCUUAUCUCGGUUCCACGGUGAAGAAUGCUGUUGUGACUGUGCCUGCUUAUUUCAACGAUUCACAGCGUCAGGCUACUAAGGAUGCCGGUGUUAUUUCUGGGCUCAAUGUGAUGAGAAUCAUUAAUGAGCCUACUGCUGCUGCUAUUGCUUAUGGACUUGAUAAGAAAGCUACCAGCAGUGGUGAGAAGAAUGUUCUUAUUUUCGAUCUUGGUGGUGGGACUUUUGAUGUUUCGCUUCUCACCAUUGAGGAAGGUAUUUUUGAGGUGAAAGCUACUGCUGGUGAUACACAUUUGGGAGGUGAAGAUUUUGAUAAUAGGAUGGUAAAUCAUUUUGUUCAGGAAUUUAAGAGGAAAAAUAAGAAGGAUAUUAGUGGAAACCCUAGGGCUUUAAGGAGGUUGAGAACAGCAUGUGAGAGGGCUAAGAGGACUCUUUCCUCUACAGCUCAAACCACCAUUGAAAUUGAUUCUUUGUAUGAGGGUAUUGAUUUUUACACUACUAUUACUCGUGCUCGGUUUGAAGAGCUCAACAUGGAUCUGUUUAGGAAAUGUAUGGAGCCUGUUGAGAAGUGUUUGAGGGAUGCUAAGAUGGAUAAGAACAGCGUUCAUGAUGUUGUUCUUGUUGGUGGGUCAACAAGGAUUCCCAAGGUUCAACAGCUUUUGCAGGAUUUCUUCAAUGGAAAGGAGCUUUGCAAGAGCAUCAACCCUGAUGAGGCUGUUGCUUAUGGUGCUGCGGUUCAAGCUGCUAUUUUGAGCGGCGAAGGCAAUGAGAAAGUGCAGGAUCUGUUGUUGCUUGAUGUUACCCCUCUCUCCCUUGGUUUGGAGACUGCAGGAGGGGUUAUGACUGUGUUGAUUCCCAGAAACACAACUAUUCCUACCAAGAAGGAGCAGGUAUUUUCAACCUACUCUGAUAACCAACCCGGUGUUUUGAUUCAGGUAUAUGAAGGAGAAAGAACGAGGACCCGUGAUAAUAAUUUGUUGGGCAAGUUUGAAUUGUCGGGUAUUCCUCCUGCUCCAAGGGGUGUUCCUCAGAUCACUGUUUGCUUUGACAUUGAUGCAAAUGGUAUUUUGAAUGUCUCUGCGGAGGACAAGACAACAGGACAGAAGAAUAAGAUUACAAUUACCAAUGACAAGGGUAGGCUCUCCAAGGAGGAGAUUGAGAAGAUGGUACAGGAAGCUGAAAAGUACAAGUCAGAGGAUGAGGAGCACAAGAAGAAGGUGGAGGCCAAAAACGCACUUGAGAACUAUGCCUAUAACAUGAGAAACACAAUCAAGGAUGAUAAGAUAGCCUCCAAGUUGUCAACUGAUGAUAAGAAGAAGAUCGAAGAUGCUAUUGACCAGGCUAUUCAAUGGCUUGAUGGAAAUCAGCUUGCAGAGGCUGAUGAAUUUGAGGACAAGAUGAAGGAAUUGGAGGGAAUUUGCAAUCCUAUCAUUGCAAGGAUGUACCAGGGUGCUGGUGGUGAUGCUGGUGGAGCCAUGGAUGAGGAUGGUCCUACUACUGGCAGUGGAAGCGGUGCUGGACCCAAAAUUGAGGAAGUUGAUUAAGCAGAAUGUUGGUGAUGGAAAUUGGUGGUUCUGAUUUUGCAAAGACUCUUUUUGAAUAACUUUAUGUGUGUUUUGAUUUGGAUAGCUUAGGGUGCUUUUUUUCAGUGUACUUUAUUUUCCCGUUUUAAUGUGAAUGCUAGUAUAAGUUUAUUUUCUGCAGUUGGCUAUCAUGGUAUAAGUUUCUAUUU